GGAAACUUGGACGUGAGAAAAAAGUACAUAUGAAAAUAGACAUCUUAAACUGCUGCAAAAUGAUUAGAUGGCUAACUCGAGAUCCUACAGUUUGGAAGAGAAGUUGAUUGCAAGUGUAUGAGCACAUUCUGGCAUUCUCGCAAGAGCAUGGAGGAUGUGCGACAUGGCUUCACUGCAAGAUUCAGCAGAUUAGCCCCUCCGAAGAAGACGAUACGGCGUUGAGAACAUAAAAUGUUUCUGACAGGAUCAAUUAAGGACAAACUGAGGACAGGACGACCCUCAAUGCGAAGGGAUACAUGUGCAGACGUGGAGGCAUCUGUGCUACGAUCAACCUCGAAGUCACUGCGAAAUCGGUCUUCUGAGCUACGAAUUCUAAAAGCCGAAAGGUUGACACACAUGACAAAGGACCUUCAUUUGAAAUCGUUUAGGCCAACGUUCAUCAACGAACUAAGCGAUAACGACAGAGACAAAAGACGUGUGGCAUAUAGACGGUUUCUUGAUGUGUUUCCAACAAUCCCACAACGUGCAAUUUACCAUAGUGGCCGGGCUAGGAAUAUUUAUUUCUGGAUUAAAGAAAAUCCGCACUGUUACGAAGAACUGGAGCACAUCCCACCCCCGCAUCUGAUGUCUAAAUAUGUCUUAAUUGAGCAGACCAAAGACAUUCUAGUUGUAGCCAUUCUGACUUUUUUGCAGACAGUGCAUUCCCAGACCACAUUAUUCAAUGUAUUUCCUUUUUUAUGUCACUGGUUUGAAGGAAAUGUGGCUGUUGUUUCUGGCAAAACGUGUAACUGCGUGGAGGCGCUUCGUGUUAAGGAAGAGAUUAUACUCCCAGAAAAAAAGUAAUUCAAGACCAAACACCAUAAAUUAAAAUGAAAUUAGAGACUUCGAUUUUGGUUUCACUGAAGUUCUUUUCAGUGCAGAGGACAGUGUAGAAAAAUGUUACAGCAGU